UAUAAAGUUUGGGUUUUCUCUAAGGAGCGAAAUUUCUCCAAACUCGACGCUCUUUUCGCUUCCCUUAAUUUUCCUACGGUUGGCGACUACACCAUCAGAAACAGAGCGAAGAAGAAAUGGGGGUCGAUCCCACCCUGAUAGAGAUAUGCGGCGCCAAUGAUUCCUUGCUGCAGAACAACGCCGACGACGCUCCUUCCUAUUUCUCCUGCUCCCCAUUCCACUUCCCCAGAUCUAAGCCGCCUCUUCCAAAUGAAAUCGAAAAACUGAAAUCUAAUGCUAAUAGAGAGUGUGCGUCGGUUGACAAAGAAAAUGUUAAUAACGCAAACAAAUCAGACGCAGCAAAGCUUAGCAUGGAGCCACAGCAAAUGAAGAGGAAGAAGAAAGGUGGAGGAUACAAUUUGAGAAAAUUGUUGAAACAGAGCGAAGAAGAAAUGGAGGACGAUCCCUCCCUGAUAGAGAUAUACGGCGCGAAUGAUUCCUUGCUGCAGAACAACGCCGACGACGCUCCUUCCUAUUUCUCUUGCUCCCCAUUCCACUUCCCCAGAUCUAAGCCGCCUCUUCCAAAUGAAAUGGCUUCAUGGUACAACGAAGAUGUGAACCCCUAUGUUGAUUAUAUGCUCAAAACAGGAACUGAGCUCCUUAAUGCUGCAGAGCCCACAAUCCGCAUGAAAUUUGAGUAUGGCAAGACUCACCUUCUUCGUUUAGUAAACGCGUUGAUGAACAGAGAUCUUUUCUUUAUGAUUGCGGGUCACAACCUGACUGUUGUAGGAUCGGAUACCGGAUAUGUCAAACCCGUUACUAAAGACUACAUUUUCAUUUCUACUGGACAAACCUUGGAUAUCCUAGCCACAGCAAACCAGAAACCAGGGGAAUACUACAUGAUUGCUACUCCUUACUUUGAUGCGGUGGGGACUGAGGACUUCGACAACAGCACUGCUUCAGCAAUUUUCCAAUACACUGGCAACUACACUCAGAAAACACCUUACUUUCCGGUAUUUGUUCCUAAUUACGCUGAUAUGGCAUCUGCACGGACGUUUGUUGAACGGUUAAGGAGCUUGGCAAGUGAAGAACAUCCCAUUGAGGUUCCAAUGGAAGUUGAUACCAGAAUGUUUACAACAAUUUCCGCCAAUCUGAAUCCCUGUCCAAAUGACUCCUGCGCAGGGCCAGAUGGUGGCAGGAUCUUGGCAAGCUUAAACAACAUUAGUUUUGUUAAUCCUGCAAUUGAUAUUCUUGAAGCAUAUUACAGGAACAUAAGUGGGAUCUACGAAACAGACUUCCCAGACAUACCGCCUGUGUUUUUGAACUUCACAGGCGACGACCUCCUAACACCAAAUUACAUACUUACCAAACAGGCAACAACAGUAAAGGUGUGGGUAUUUACAAAAACGACGUUGUCAUAUAACUUAGUUGAUCCACCUCAAGCUAAUACAAUUGUGGUUCCAAACAAUGGAUGGGCAACAGUUAGUUUCAGAGCUGAUAAUCCUGGGGUUUGGCUUAUGCAUUGCCAUUUUGAAAGGCAUCUUAGCUGGGGAAUGGCUGCCGUUUUUAUAGUGAAAAAUGGAGACACUGCUGAAACAAGUUUUAUGGGACCUCCAGCUAACCUGCCUCCUUGGCCAGAUGGUGGCAGGAUCUUGGCAAGCUUAAACAACAUUAGUUUUGUUAAUCCUGCAAUUGAUAUUCUUGAAGCAUAUUACAGGAACAUAAGUGGGAUCUACGAAACAGACUUCCCAGACAUACCGCCUGUGUUUUUUAACUUCACAGGCGACGACCUCCUAACACCAAAUUACAUACUUACCAAACAGGCAACAACAGUAAAGGUGUGGGUAUUUACAAAAACGACGUUGUCAUAUAACUUAGUUGAUCCACCUCAAGCUAAUACAAUUGUGGUUCCAAACAAUGGAUGGGCAACAGUUAGAUUCAGAGCUGAUAAUCCUGGGGUUUGGCUUAUGCAUUGCCAUUUUGAAAGGCAUCUUAGCUGGGGAAUGGCUGCCGUUUUUAUAGUGAAAAAUGGAGACACUGCUGAAACAAGUGUUAUGGGACCUCCAGCUAACCUGCCUCCUUGUAAAUACACGCCACUCCUGCACCAUGUAUUUAACAGUACCAAAGAUGAAUUAGACAACAUCUGAACUGGGGUUAUCCUCACGCGAGGUCACGGUAUACAAAGUAGAAGUGUUGUUUUGUUCUAUUGGAAGCUAUCAUAAAUUGUUGAGUUUAGUCGAAUGAAUUAAAUAUUUUAAA